ACUAGUGAGUGGACUGGACGCAGUGGACGGUGAACCUCAUGGACGCCGCGAUGUGAGGAUGCUGGCACGGCUGGUUGUGGAUAUUACUGUCUCAAUUGACGCCUUGCUUUUGAUACUUGGGCGUCUCGCUCUCCUGGCGGGUUUGGAUGGAGGUCUGGACAACAUGUCAAAUAGAACUGGUGCUCUUUCUGUCUGUAUCGAUAGUCUAUAGAUUCUCGGAACAUCGAGCUCCAGGCCGAGUUCUUAACGCAUUUAAAGCUUCGGCACGAUGGUUCUGCG